UCCCUGCCGGGGGAGGGAAUACGAGGCGCCGCCGCCAACGCCCCGUAGCUCCCGAGCUCUGAGCGCGGAGUCCCGGCGCUGCCCAGCCGGAAAACAAUGCCCACCAGUUUCACCGUAGUGCCAGUGGAGGGGCAGGAGCCGCAGCCCAGCCGGCCACUGGAGGACCCGAGCCAGCAGCUGGCGGAGUGCAGUUCCGGGGAGCCGGGAGAUGGGAUUCCGAAGGAAAGUAGCCCAUUUAUUAACAGUGCCGAGAUGGACAGAGGAAAUAUCUAUGAAGGGAAAAAUAUGGCUCUCUUUGAGGAAGAAAUGGAUAGCAACCCCAUGGUAUCAUCUCUUCUUAAUAAGCUAGCAAAUUAUACCAAUCUGACUCAGGGAGUGGUAGAACAUGAAGCAGAUGAAGACAGCAAACGAAAAGAAAUCAAGGCUCCACGAAUGGGUACUUUUAUUGGUGUGUACCUUCCCUGCUUGCAAAACAUUUUAGGAGUCAUUCUUUUCCUACGUUUGACGUGGAUCGUUGGAACAUCUGGAGUUCUUGAAUCUUUCAUCAUUGUGUUCAUGUGCUGUGCUUGUACUAUGCUGACUGCAAUUUCAAUGAGCGCAAUAGCAACAAAUGGCGUAGUUCCAGCUGGUGGCUCUUACUACAUGAUUUCAAGAUCUUUAGGGCCAGAGUUUGGCGGAGCAGUGGGACUCUGUUUUUACUUGGGUACAACUUUUGCAGGAGCUAUGUAUAUUCUUGGUACCAUUGAAAUUUUGUUGGCAUAUAUUUCUCCCAGUGCUGCUAUAUUUAAAGCAGAAGAUGCUGAUGGAGAAACAGAGGCCAUGUUAAACAACAUGAGAGUUUACGGGACGUGUACUGUUGCUCUGAUGGCCAUAGUAGUCUUUGUAGGAGUUAAAUAUGUCAACAAACUUGCACUGGUCUUCCUAUCUUGUGUGAUUCUUUCCAUCUUUGCCAUUUAUGCUGGCGUUAUUAAAACUGCUUUUGACCCACCAGACUUUCCUAUUUGUCUUCUUGGAAACCGUACAUUGUCAAGACGCAACUUUGAUAUUUGUGCCAAAUUUAUUGAGGUAAACAAUGAAACAAUGACAACGAAGCUGUGGAGUCUCUUCUGUGAUAAUCCGUCGCUCAAUGCCACAUGUGAUGAAUACUUUAACCUAAAUAACGUGACAGAAAUUCAAGGGAUUCCUGGAAUUGCUAGUGGAGUUCUAAUUGAUAACCUGUGGAGUGCCUAUACAGACAAAGGAUCAAUUAUUGAAAAAAAAGGUCACCCAUCAGUUACUGGAACAGAAGAGACAAAAGUUGGAGGACUCCCAUAUGUUUUUACAGACAUUAUGACCUACUUCACAAUGCUAGUAGGGAUUUAUUUCCCGUCUGUGACAGGUAUUAUGGCAGGAUCAAACAGAUCUGGAGAUCUUAGGGAUGCUCAGAAAUCUAUUCCUACUGGAACAAUUUUGGCUAUUUCAACUACAUCCUUUAUCUAUCUAUCCUGCAUUGUAUUGUUUGGUGCAUGUAUAGAAGGUGUGAUAUUAAGAGAUAAGUUUGGAGAAGCAGUUAAUGGAAACCUAGUGAUUGGUACAUUGGCAUGGCCUUCUCCAUGGGUAAUUGUAAUUGGUUCAUUCUUCUCUACAUGUGGUGCUGGUCUACAGAGUCUUACUGGUGCACCCCGGCUGUUGCAGGCUAUUGCAAGAGAUGGCAUAAUACCAUUUCUUCAAGUAUUUGGUCAUGGAAAAGCAAAUGGUGAACCAACCUGGGCAUUACUUCUCACUGCUUUUAUUUGUGAGAUAGGAAUUCUCAUAGCUUCACUGGAUAGCGUAGCACCAAUUCUUUCAAUGUUUUUCCUAAUGUGCUAUAUGUUUGUGAACUUGGCCUGUGCAGUGCAGACUCUUUUAUGCACUCCAAACUGGAGACCUCGUUUCAAGUACUACCAUUGGGCCCUUUCAUUCCUGGGGAUGAGUUUAUGUUUUGCCUUGAUGUUCAUUUGCUCUUGGUACUAUGCUUUGAUUGCCAUGCUAAUUGCAGGAUGUAUUUACAAGUACAUAGAAUAUAGAGGAGCUGAAAAAGAGUGGGGUGAUGGAAUCAGGGGGUUAUCUUUGAAUGCAGCUCGCUACGCUUUACUUCGGGUUGAACAUGGUCCUCCUCACACGAAAAACUGGAGACCUCAAGUCUUGGUUUUGUUGAAUUUGGACUCGGAACAGAUGGUUAAACACCCUAGAUUGCUUUCUUUCACCUCUCAGUUGAAGGCUGGUAAAGGAUUGACUAUUGUGGGCUCUGUACUACAGGGAAUCUACUUGGACAAAUACAUAGAAGCUCAAAAAGCUGAAGAGAAUAUUAAAUCCUUAAUGGGGGUAGAAAAGACCAAAGGAUUUUGCCAAAUUGUGGUAUCUCCCAGUUUUAGAGAUGGAAUGUCCCAUUUGAUUCAGUCUGCUGGUCUGGGAGGGAUGACGCAUAAUACAGUCCUGAUGGCCUGGCCACAGUCAUGGAAACAGACCGAUAAUCCUUUCUCAUGGAAAAAUUUUGUUGAUACAGUCCGAGAAACAACAGCGGCACAACAAGCUCUACUGGUCGCUAAAAACAUUGAUUUGUUUCCAACAAAUCAAGAGCGCUUUUCUGAAGGGAACGUAGAUGUGUGGUGGAUUGUUCAUGAUGGUGGCAUGCUGAUGUUGCUUCCUUUCCUGCUUCGACAGCACAAGGUGUGGAGAAAAUGCAAAAUGCGUAUCUUCACUGUUGCCCAAAUGGAUGACAACAGUAUUCAAAUGAAAAAGGAUCUUCAGAUGUUUUUGUAUCAUCUUCGACUUAAUGCUGAGGUGGAGGUUGUUGAAAUGUUUGAAAAUGAUAUUUCAGCAUUCACAUAUGAGAAGACUCUUAUGAUGGAGCAGAGAUCUCAGAUGUUAAAACAGAUGCAGCUGUCUAAGAAUGAAAGGGAAAGAGAGGCUCAGUUAAUCCAUGACCGAAACACUGCAUCCCAUUCAGCAGUAGUUGUUAAGUGUGAUGCUGCUGCUGCUACACCUGAAAAAGUGCAAAUGACCUGGACUAAAGAAAAGUUUAUAGCUGAAAAGCACAAAAAUAGAGAAACAAAUAUAACAGGUUUUAAAGAUAUCUUCAACAUGAAGCCAGAGUGGGGAAAUCUGUAAGUCAAAUCUGUUUUAAUUUAGGCUGUGUUCCCUGGUUCUUGUGUAUUAUUAUUGCAUGUUUCCUUUAAAGCAGUUGCUUCCCAUGAUUUAUAGUAUGCAUAUUGUGCACAUAUUGUGAUUUGGCAUGUGAAUAUAAUUAGCAUAGUAUUUCCUGUCACCUUUUUCUGUUUUAGUUCCUAAACCUCACCAGUUUUUCAUUUCAGAGUAAUUCAUAGUAUACAUAUAAGUUUCUCAAAAAUGAUGGUCAAUAUAGUCAAUUGCAAAAUCUUUCAUUAAAAUCUGACAGUAUUUGGUUGCAAAAUAAGUGACCUUCAUUUUUUCUAAUUAUCUUCUUAAAACAUUGAAUGUAUGUAUAAAAAUUUUAAUUCUGAUUAUGGUACUGUUUGGCACUGUGGGCUGAAAAAAAUGAGACUGAAACUUGUUAAAAAAUUGUAUUAUUCAAAAAGCCUCCAUUUCCCAAUUGGUAAACUGUAGAUUUCCUCCUGCAAUGUAAUCCCCCCACCCCCACACACACACCCUUCAUUUGGGCUAUAGGGAGCAAAUAAAUUUACCAACGGAUUCAUAAAACCAGAUCAUGUCCAGAGGGAGUUUAUCCACCCUGAUGGAGCCACUAGAAGUACUCUACUUUUCCUCUUCUCUCCAUUCUUGGGUUUUCUCUGUUUUGACAGAAGUGCUAAAGGACAGCUUCCACCGUACACAGAAUUCUGUCUUUUGUUGCUCCAUCUCUAUGAUCUUUGAUUUCUCUCUUUGUCAUUUUCUAGCUACCGUAAUUACUUCCACAGAAUUGUAAUCCUUCAGGUUAAAAAAAAUCUGUAUUCAAAUUAAUCUUGUUAUUAUUAGUUUGAUAGCAGCCAAAAAUGUGUUAGGCUCUUCAUAGAAAAAGUAAUCUUUGCCCCCAAGAUCCUGCAAUCUAAAUUUAAACAUUAUACAAUCAAUGAGCAUGGCAAACAGGUAGGGAAGGAACAGGGUAAAUAGUUAAUAGAUAUUGCUGCCUGCUUCUUGGUAAAUAAGCAGGCAUUAUCUCCCGUAAAUGUAAACAAACUUGUUUGUCUUAGCGAUCGGCUGAACUACAGGUAGGAAUGAGUGGACUUGUAGGCUCUGAAUUUUCACAUUGUUUUCCUUUUGAGUGAAUUUAUAUAAAAUAAAUUCUACAUUUGUAAGUUGUGCUUUCAUGAUAGAGAUUGCACUGUAGUGAUUGGAUGAGGUGAACUGAAAAAUACUAUUACUUUUGUUUAUCUUUUUUACAGUGCAAACAUUUGUAACAAAAAAUAAUAAUAUAAAGUGAGCACUGUACACUGUAUUCUGUAUUGUAAUUGAAAUCAAUAUAUUUGAAAAUGUAGAAAAACAUCCACAAUAUUUAUAAUUAAUUUAAAUUGGUAUUCUAUUAUUGUUUAAUCAUGAGAUUAAAACUGUGAUUAAUUGCGACUAUUUUUUAAUUUAGUUAAUUUGUUUUGCAUUAAUCGCUUGAGUUAACUGCAAUUAAUUGACAGCCCUUGUAAAUAUGCCUGAUAGUUACAGGCAUAAAAUCAUGUGAGUUAUUUGGAUUUUAACUUUAUUUCCAAAGCCACAAACCUUGGAAUUAUACAUCUCCCUUUUUUAUUAAUCUGCCUAUCACCACUGGCAAUAUAUUGCCAUAAUUUCUCCUUACUUUGAGACUGUUUCUGUUCUAAUCCUCAUUCAUGCCUUAAUCCAUUCCUAACUAAAUCCAUCAUUUACUUGUACAGUCUUCUCACAUCAUUAUGCUUUAAACUAAAGGGAUUCCCAAAAGUUGAGUCCAACCUACAGUAGAACCUCAGACUUAUGAACACUUCGAGAAUGGAGGUUGUUCAUAACUCUGAACUGUUCGUAACUCUGAACAAAAUGUUAUGGUUGUUCUUUCAAAAGUUUACAACUGAAGAUUAACUUAAUACAGCUUUGAAACUUUACUAUAAGAAGAAAAAGGUUGCUUUCCCUUUAUUUUUUAGUAGUUUGUUUAACACAGUAUUGUACUGUAUUUGCUGUGUGUGUGUGUGUGUGUGUGUGUGUGUGCGCGCGCGCGCAGUGCUACCUGAUUACAUACUUCCAGUUCCAAAUGAGGUGUGUGGUUGACUGGUCAGUUCAUAAUUCUAGUGUUCUUAACUCUGAGGUUCUACUGUAUUUUCUUGUUCCAGAAAGUGCCAGUCAUCUGUCAUCUUCACUGAGUUCCUAUCCAACAACUUCUCCAAUUAAUAAUUUCUUCAUAUUAGAUAUCCCUUUUAUAGGAAACCGUAUGUGUUGGAUGAGAAAUUCAGUUCUCAGAAUUUUGCUGUAAUUUGAAGGCAUGUGAGGGGAGGGUCACUUGGAAUUGGCUUGGGGUUUGGCUCUCUAAACCUAUGCAUUUUGGAUAAAUGCAUAGGCCCUCUGCCUCAACACUUCCACCCACAGCUUUUGAAGGAAUCAUGCUAUUGUGGGCUCUCCCACUGUCUGCUGCCCCCAAGAGGUAGGGUUCACUGGCCAAUAAUCAAUGUUGCCAAUUCUUCUGAUAUUUGAUAUCUUCCUUAAAGCACCAGGGCCUGAAAUAUUGUGAUUAAAUGAGAAUUUCAACUUUAAUGUAAAGAAAAGCUUUAAAAUAUUAACCCUACUGCUCAAAAACCAGAAGGCAAAUAACUCAACUUUAUUUUUAUGUUUUUAUUCAUGUUUAAGCCAAACUUGGGGUUUUUUGGGGGGGGGGAGGAGACAGUGAUUUUUGACUAUUUGAAGGAACACUGGAACAUGAAGAAAGGAAAACAAACCGAAGGAAAUAGAGGACAAAGUGAGGAAUGAACAAUUUCUUGCCUUAUUUUAUUUCUGUUACCAGCUUUCCCCUUCUUUCUUAAUUAGUGGGACUGUGUCUCAUGUCUAGAAUUUGGUAACAGUCCAGAGUUGCUGGGGAUAGCCCUGCCCUCACUUCAGACCACCUGAAAUUCUGCCUGUGGCAACUGAACAUGUUUCCUUUGAUCAUUUUAUUUUACACUUUAAUUUAAUUUAAUUUUUUUUGCAGUAGUGAUCUCAUUUCAACUUCUAGUUCCUCUUGCUGUCCUCAGCUGAGGAAUCACAGGAAUGUUGAGCCUAUAACUCUCUAGAUCCCUAUAGGACCCCUCUUAGUGGGCAGUCCCUUUUCCUUCUUUUACUCCCCCUCUCUCACCCCUAAGCCUAGUCCGAGAUAUGCUGUAUUUAUAAGGUAGUUUUUCUGGAGUCUCAGAGAGUGAGCUAUGGCUUUCUUUUUCUUGCCAGACAACCCUCACUCUGCCAGGGCAUUGAGUCAAAUGAGCAUGCCAGGGCCUCAUCACCCAGAUGCAACUCUGCUAUUAAAACUACAAUGUUAAAUAAAAACAUAUGGGAACUAGCAUAGGUCAGCACAGCAGUAACCCAUAAAUAAAUAUAUGGAGAUAUACCUAGCUCAUAGAGCUGGAAAGGACCCUGAGAGGUCAUUGAGUUGAGUCCAGCCCCCUGUCUGCACUAGGAGGGCCAAGGACCGAUUUUGCCCCAGAUCCCUAAGUGGGCCUCUCAAGGAUUGAACUCACAACUCUGGGUUUAGCAGGCCAAUGCUCAAACCACUGAGCUAUCCCUCUCCCUCAUUAAGUUAUCCCUCCCCCAUUGAAAGACAUCAUCACUGCUUGAGAAGGGAGUUUCCUUCCAAAAGAUCCCACAUACCAUGAAAGAGGUCUGCAUAGAAUUUCAAAGCUUCAGCUGUGGCCAUUUAGAUGACAGUUAUCCCUGUCAUUUGUAAGCAAAAUGUAAGCACUUCUUUUGUGGCUGGUGGGAGCAGAAGUGAUAUCUGUUUAUGUGGGAAAUCAAAGAGCUUAGAGGGAGUCACUGAGCAGCACAGUGGGAGUCACUCAAAAUAUCUAAUAAUUUUUACUGAAGCCAGGACAAAACUGAUUUCAAUAGGACCACUCAGAAAAAUGAGACAACUCUACAAUACCCAAGACACCCUGAUAAAUUCUGAUAUCUGGUCAUUGUAUCUAUUAUGCCCAUUUCUAUAUCUUUUCACACCAGUGAACUCGGAAGCCUGUCUGUAUAAUUUAUUUCUAGAGACAGAGACGAACAACAAGGAGAAAAAAUGUCAUAAAAAAACAUUGUGAGAUGAUGAAUUAAAAGAAUGACUGGCGGUGCCUUUGGGUGUUAUUGCCAACAACUAACCACUUGGCUACUUUCUCAUAUAGUUUCCCAUUAUGAACUGAAUUUUGUUCAAAGAUUUUAUAGUAUGACUAGUUUAACUUAUGCUGGGAUUUUCAAAGGAACUUAAAGGAAAUCCCACUGUGUCUGCAUAGUCUUGCUACAGUGCAUUUAGAAAUGCUAUAGCAAAGAUUGUGUCUGAAUUUCCAUUAUAAAUCCCUGUUUUGCAUUCUUCCCUCAAUUAUAUUUCUAGGCCUCUCUAUCAAUCUAUAUCCACCCCUUGGCUUAAAUUUCACUUAUAAGGAAAUUAUCCUGAAAGCAGUACUUGUGUUUAGAUUUUAUCUUAUUUUGAAGGAAAGUAUUACCAAUUUUAAGUUAAAAAUUAUAGCUCCUCUUUCAUAAACCAUCAAAAUUGGACUUUAUUUUUAAUAAAUGAGUAACUAUAAUUAUAGAAGUUAAGCUGUACUGAGAUCUAAGUUUAACCCUCUUAAGCAUCUCCUUCUAUCACAAGUAUUACAUUUUCAGGUAAUUAUCAUCAUUCAUAAAUUUAUUUAUGGUAUACAGAUUAAAAUAGUUAUUGGUUACAAUAAUAUCUUUACUUUAAAAAAGUUUGUUUAUG